GUCUAGCAGACGUCUACUAACUUCGAACGGGUAAACGCGUAAUAGCACACUGCUUCCUUUCGUCUGGUGUGCAUUGAAAAAAAUUUAUUAAUUUAUUGGAAAAUAAUUAAAAAUUAAGUGACUUUGAAAGAUAAAAAUUUUCCAAUAAAAAAAGGGGCAAUCAUAAGUCUUCAUCAUGGGGGACAUGUUCCGCAGCGAAGAGAUGGCAUUAUGCCAAAUGUUUAUACAGCCAGAGGCGGCAUACACAUCUGUGUCGGAGCUGGGAGAAACUGGAUGCGUUCAAUUUCGUGAUUUAAAUAAUGGCGUCAAUGCAUUCCAACGUAAAUUCGUCACCGAAGUUCGUCGUUGUGAUGAACUCGAGCGAAAAAUUCGCUACAUCGAGACCGAAAUUAAAAAAGAUGGCAUCGUUCUAGCCGAUAUCAUUGAUGACAUCCCUAGGGCACCAAAUCCAAGAGAAAUCAUCGAUUUAGAAGCUCAUUUGGAGAAAACCGAAAAUGAAAUUCUCGAAUUGGCACAAAACGAAGUAAAUCUCAAGUCCAAUUACUUGGAAUUGACCGAAUUACGUCAAGUACUAGAAAACACUCAAGGUUUUUUCUCCGAUCAAGAGGUGCUAAAUUUAGACUCUAUGCGCACUAAUUUACCUACCGACGAACACACAGUCAACCAAAAUCGUGGUCGUUUAGGUUUCGUUGCUGGUGUAAUUAAUCGUGAAAGAGUUUUUGGUUUUGAACGUAUGUUAUGGCGUAUUUCACGUGGUAAUGUUUUUCUAAAACGUUCCGAUUUGGAUGAGCCUUUGAAAGAUCCAGCUACAGGUCAUCCAAUUUAUAAGACCGUUUUUGUAGCAUUCUUCCAAGGUGAACAGCUAAAGAAUCGCAUCAAAAAAGUAUGCACUGGUUUUCAUGCUUCAAUGUAUCCAUGCCCAAGUUCCCAUACAGAACGUGAAGAUAUGGUCAAGGGAGUUCGUACUCGGUUAGAAGACUUAAAACUGGUUUUAAGUCAAACCGAAGAUCAUCGUAGCAGGGUUUUAGCUACCGUUUCUAAGAACCUACCAACUUGGAGUAUCAUGGUGAAGAAAAUGAAAGCAAUCUAUCAUACUCUAAACUUAUUCAACAUGGAUGUCACUAAAAAAUGCUUGAUCGGAGAAUGCUGGGUCCCAACUCAAGACCUCCCAGUCGUCCAAAAAGCUUUAUCCGAUGGUUCAGCAGCUGUAGGAAGUACAAUCCCAUCAUUUUUGAAUGUUAUCGAUACCAACGAAGCCCCACCGACCUACAAUCGCACCAACAAGUUCACCCGAGGCUUCCAAAAUCUAAUUGAUGCCUAUGGUGUAGCUACUUACCGCGAAGCCAAUCCAGCUUUGUACACCAUCAUCACUUUCCCAUUCUUAUUCGCUGUCAUGUUCGGUGAUUUGGGUCACGGUUUUAUAUUGCUUCUAUUCGGCGCCUGGAUGUGCAUCUGGGAAAGGAAAUUAUCCCGAGUUAGAGCUGGAGAAAUCUGGACAAUCUUCUUUGGUGGUCGCUAUAUCAUUUUGCUUAUGGGAAUGUUCUCCAUGUACACUGGAUUUAUGUACAAUGAUGUCUUCUCCAAGUCUUUCAAUCUUUUUGGCACAACUUGGAGCGUUAAUUAUAACACUUCCACAGCCAUGUCCAAUAAUCAUUUGCAACUUAAUCCAACCGAUUCUGUUGAAGGUGUCUAUCCAAUUGGACUGGAUCCAAUUUGGCAGCUGGCAGAGAAUAAGAUUAUCUUUUUGAAUACCUACAAGAUGAAGCUUUCAAUUAUAUUCGGUGUGAUUCACAUGUUCUUUGGAGUUUGCAUGAGUGUGGUUAACUUUAAUCAUUUCCAAAAGCGUGUUAGCAUCUUUUUGGAAUUCCUGCCACAAGUUUUGUUCUUGACUCUUUUGUUCGGUUACAUGUGCUUCAUGAUGUUCUUUAAAUGGGUUAAGUAUUCAGCCAAGGCUGAUAUUACAGCUGACAAACCGGGAUGUGCUCCAUCUGUGCUGAUUAUGUUUAUCAACAUGAUGCUUUUCAAAUCUUCGGAACCCUUGGAACAUUGCGAUGAAUAUAUGUUUGAAUCUCAACAUCAAGUUCAACUUAUAUUCAUUAGUGUCGGUUUGGUUUGUAUUCCAUGGAUGUUGUUGGGCAAACCGAUUUAUGUGAAGCUAACAAGGAAAAAUCAAGGACAUGUCAAGCAUAAUGGCGAUGUUAAUCAAGGAAUGGAAUUAACUCCCGAAACUGAUAGUCCUCUUCCAUUGGGAUCGGAGGGACAUGAAGGUGGACAUAAUGAAGAGGAGGAACCGAUGAGUGAAAUCUUUAUUCAUCAGGCUAUUCACACUAUUGAAUAUGUUCUUAGUACUAUUUCACAUACUGCUUCUUAUUUGCGUCUUUGGGCUUUGUCUCUUGCUCAUGCUCAAUUAUCUGAAGUACUUUGGAGUAUGGUGCUAUCGUUGGGCUUGCAAAGUAGUUCUUACAGUGGAAGUAUUAUGUUGUAUUUCAUUUUUGGUGCAUGGACAUUGUUUACUUUGGCAAUUUUGGUUAUGAUGGAAGGUUUGUCAGCUUUCUUGCAUACUCUUCGUUUGCAUUGGGUCGAAUUCAUGAGCAAGUUUUAUUCUGGUCUUGGUUAUGCCUUCCAGCCAUUCAGCUUUAAAUUGAUUUUGGAAGCUGAAGAAGAAGAAUAAAAAGUUUAAUCCAGCAUAUUUUUUUUCUGAUUCCGACGAAGUAUUUCUUUGUUUUUAUAUAUAUUUUACUUUGUUCUGUUAAAUGUUUAUAUAGUUUUUUUUUGUUCCCAAAAAAAUAAGGGAUUUUAUUUGUUUUUUGUUUAAUUUUUGCCUUCUUUUACAAAUUUAACUUUCAAAAAAAUGAUUUAUGUUUAAUGUUAUUUUCACAAAAAAAGAAAUCAUUUAUUAUUAGGCUUUAAUUUCAUUGGACAAUUUUUGCAAAAGUUCAUAAGUUAAAGUAAUUUUGUUUUGAAAAAAGGUUUCUGCAUAUUUUUUGUUAGUUUUCCAGUCAGAGAUAUCUACCAUCAAAAAAUAUGUUUGAAAAUUUUCGCUUUUGUACUUUUUCAAUUUUUAGGCCAAUGUUGUUAAGGCUCAAGAAUGAUUUUUUUCUUCAAUUACAAAAUAUUCAGUUUUAUUAUUAAUAAAUCUUAAGCUGCGCAUA